GAUAGUAAUCCAUCUGCGGAUGGUCUUAGAGAAGCACACAGAAGAGCGGCUGUGUCUUUAUCGAUCUGUUCAUUUGUCAAGCUUCAACCAUGUUGCUGUUCUUCCUGCUGCUCUCGUCUACAUUACAGGGCUGGGCUCAGAUCGUGCCGGGUGUGAAGAAAUCAAACUCAUGCAUGUGCAAGGUGAACUUGACAACGUGGUCGUUCCCCGCUGUGAGGUACGAGGCUGUGGAGAAGCGGAUUGAAACCUGUGAAGAAUCUUUGCGUAGCUUGGAGGAGCAGGUGUUUGUCUCCAACCAGCGUCUCCCUCAGAUCCAGCUUCAAGUUGCGAACUUUACAACCCGACUUGAGCCAUAUCAGUACCUGCACGCCCGCGGGUUGUACACAGCGCUGUCCAUCCGCCAGCUGGGCCAGGAGCUCAGCCAGCUGGAGACGGACAUCACCAGCGUGCACGGCCAGCUAAACAACAGCCAGUCACAGGAACUCACCAAAGAGGUGGGUAAAUUGCGUAAAGAUGUGCAAAAGAUGCAAACAACCGACACCAUAAACAUGAAGACGGUCAAAGAAAAGCUGCGCUACCUUAAGAACAACGUUGAGUCCUGCAAGUCGAUCCCCAAAGACUUCAAGGGCCAGCAAAUGUACUGCAUGAAGGGUCUGAUCUCUAACAUCAGCGACCCUGUUACAACCAAAAUCAAUCCCUUCGAUAAGAGCUACAUCUCUGGAUCAUGGGGGAAACAGGCGCAGAUGGACAGCAAGUCGGACAAAGAAACCUACUGGGUUCAAGCUCUGGUCAGCAGCAACAUCUAUGGAAACACUUUCCGUCUUUACCAAACCUACAAAGACUUCAUGCGUUCCACCAACCACAGGGAUGCUACUUUUUCAUCCUCGGCCACAGGUGCCACCGCCAUCGAGGGUCCAAGUGCUGUCCUCUACGGAGGAGGUCUGUACUAUCACUGCUACCGCUCUGCAGACAUCUGCCGCUAUGACCUGCAGACCAAUGACGUCAAACGAGUGACCCUUCCAGGCACGGGUGUGGGUUUCAAUAACCAGUUUCCGUAUUGCUACUAUGACUGCCGCCCAAACAGUGAUGUGGACUUGGAGGCUGAUGAGACUGGGCUUUGGGCGCUCUACGCCACUGUCGGCAACCACGGUAAUCUGGUGGUGAGCAAGCUGUUUUGGGACAGCAACUCAACGACAAUCAACGUGUCACAAACCUGGGAGACGAGGCUGUUCAAGAAGUCAGUGUCCAAUGCUUUCAUGGUCUGUGGCGUGCUUUACGCCACCCGCUAUGUGGACACUUACAAAGAGGAAGUGUUCUAUGCCUUCGACACAGCGACGGGCAAGGAGGACAACUCACUAGCUCUGCCGCUGGAGAAGGUCUCUAAGGGAGUGGCUAGUCUGAGCUACAACCCCAUCAACAGGCAGAUCUACAUGUACAAUGAUGGCUAUCUUCUUGCCUAUCAGGCUUACUUCUGAUUUGAGUUUUGUCUUUAUACCUAUCAAGAAAGAGCAGAUAACUCACAUUUAAUUAUGUCUAACAUUUUUUUCCUGUAGAUGAAGGAAUUAAAAGAAGCAUAUCAAGUAUGUAUUAUUCGAUUAUGUGUUUCUAAUGUACUACUAUUGAGAAAAAAAAGCAUACUAAUAAAGUUGCAAGAAUGAUAAUGAA